AUGUUCUCAUCAUCAUCAUCAUCAAGUAAACCUAAAUUUGCUUUUAAUCUUACUAUAAAUGAUUUAACUAAUGUUCCUGAAAUUAAUGGAUCUUGUUAUAUUGAAUUACAAAUAAGAGAUGGUACUAGAAGAUCAUUCCAUACAUCAAAUAUUAACAAUUCCAAUAGUGGUAAUGGUAGUAGUGGUAAAAACUCUCAAAAUUCAAAUUCCACCACCACUAAUGCUACCAUUAGUAAUGGCAUUAAAUCUACUCCUAUGACUACAAGUCGAACUUUUUUAAAUAAAUUUGAUGAAUUCACUUCAUCUUUAGGAUCUAAUACAUCUAAAAUGAUUUCUUCAACUUCUAAAUCUUCAUCAUCAUUAUUAUUAUCAUCAUCAUCAUCAACAACAACAGUUUCUGGGAAUAUAUCAGCUACUACAUCUAAGAAAAAAUUACAUAAUUUUAAAUGUAAUUUUAAUUAUAAAUUAAGUUGUAAUUUGAAAUUUAAUAUUAAAAAAAAGGGUAAUAUAAUUGCUAAUAAAUAUUUAUUAUUAAAAAUAUUUUAUAUCAAUAAUGAAUCUGAUCAAUCUACUCACCACCACCAUCAUCCUCAUCCUCAUCCUCAUCAUUAUCAUACACAAAUUACAGAAUUGGGUAAAGUUGAUAUUAAUUUAUCAGAAUAUUUAAAUUUUGAUGAACCAAUUACUACUAAAUAUUUACUUAAUGAUUCUAAAGUGAAUUCAAUACUUGGUGUUACUAUUGGACUUAAUGAAUUACCUCCAACAUUUGAUUUCCAUACUCAAUUACAAAUUCAAGAUAGUAAUAGUAGUAUUAGUGGUGGUAGUUCUACUAAUAUAUCCAAUACAAAUUCAAUGUUAUCACGACAAAUAGCAACAACAACAACAACAACAACUACUACUACUAAUUCUAAAAGAAAUAAUUUUAAUGUACCACAAUUUGAACGGAAACAUGUAUUUGCUGGAAUAGGUAAUGUUUUAGGUGAUAAUAAUAAUAAUAAUAAGAAUAAUAAUAAUAGUAGUAGUAUUAGUACUAGUAAUGGUGGUUUAGGUCAAUUUCAAAAUACAGGUGGUAGUAGUGGUGGUAUUGAUUAUUCACGUCCAUCAACACCAACUGAACAACAACAACAACAAAAACAGCUCCUGAUUAUUGGAGAAUUAGGGAAUAACAAUAACAAUAAUAACAAUAAUAAUAAUGGAUCAAGAUCAAGAAUUAAAUCUGAUCAAAAUGGAUGGAAAAAUCAAAAUGGUAAUAAUAAUGGUAAUGAUAUAACUCAAACAAUUGCCCCAUCACAACAAUUACAACAAGCAAUGAUGGAUCCAAUAAUAAGUCAAUUAUAUUGUAAAAUAUUAGAAAGUAGUUGGGAUCCAGAAUUAUAUUCAAUUUUAAAUUAUAGUCCUGAACAAUGUAUUGAUGAUAUUUUUAAUAAUCCUUAUAAUAAAUUUGGUUGUAAUCUUAAAUUAAAACAACUUUAUGAAUCAAAAUUAAAUGAUGAAUUACAAGAAUUAGAUUAUUAUAAUAACAAUAAUAAUAAUGGUGAUAAUAAUAAUAAUAAUGAUUCUUAUCGGGAAUUAAAUGGAUUAAUUAGUGAAAUUAAAUAUCGAACUGAUUUGAAAAGUUGGAAUAUUAAUUUAAAUGAUUUACCGAGAGAUACUACCACUACCAAUACUACCAAUACUACUACUACCAAUACCAAUACUACCAAAAAUGCUACUACUACUCCCAGCACUAGCACUAGCACUACUAGUUGA